AUCUUCCCGGCACUUGAAGCAGCUCGCUUCCAACAGUUCGCUAUCACACGAUAACGUGAAGCUGUGUGAGCCUUUGUGACUUAUUCGUAUAAAAGCGGGUGGUACCCGACGGUCCCUUGUGAAGUCGUUCGGUUACGUCAACUUACUGUUGUCCUGACAGGAAGUGGACUUUCAGAGUAGUUGACUGCUAAAGAACUACAGAGUUGUGGAUUUUCGUACGACUUGAUCGAACAGCUCAUUUCACCCAGCUCAUGCUAUGGAUAGAGGCGAGCCCAUGGAGGAAACAUCUCAAGAAGACAACCGUGACUGUGUGUCCUCGAGCAAUCCUGCUGGAAGCCCCACAUCCCGCACUGUCAUGGUGGAUGCUGCCUCUGAGAUGAGACCUGAACUAGCCUACAGUUCAGAAGACGUCUGUGGAAAGAAGUGCUCGUACCUCGCUCGUCCAGAAUCGCAUGGAAAUCGCGUGAAGCAGUAUGCUGUGCCCAACACCAGGCCCAUACAUGAGAGGUACGCGUCGUUUGCUAGCAGAAAAUCAUCAUUCGACCUUCAUCCCGCAACUGCAAAGGGAAACACAGAAAAAAUGGCAAAAGCUGGAUUCUUCUACACUGGUGCUCAAGACCGCAUAACCUGCUUUCAGUGCGGCAACUCCCUCUACAACUGGAGCGAUGAGGACGACCCAUUAUCUGAACACGCCAGGUGGUACAGAGACUGUCCUUACGUCAUUCUGCAGCUUGGUGAUGAGGCUAUCGAGAACAUUAGACGGGAACACAGCAAUACACUGGCAGAGAGAAGUCAUGCAGAAAGGAACAUGUCUGACAAAGCAACGGAGUUCUUGCUACAAAACCUAAAAUCGUCCUAUCUUGUCCGCCGCCUGAUUUUACAAGGCAUGAACCCGGACAUCGUGGAGUUAGCGAUACGAGCAAGGCUUAACAGCACGGGGUUGGUAGAUGUGCUCGACGAGCAAGACCUACGCAGGGCGGUAGGUGAAGUCCUAGCUUUACCACAAAACGUCAGAACAAGGGAAGUUCCAAAAGCUGAUAGAGGUGACUUGAGCAAGUGCAUCAUCUGCAAGACGGGAGACAGACGCAUCAUCUUCCUUCCAUGCAAUCAUCUUGUCUCCUGUACUGGAUGUGCCGCAUUCAGCACCGUCUGUCCCUCAUGCGAGCGCAAGAUCGCAACCACGAGGGAGGUUCUCUUGGCCUGAAUAACACUGAUGAUGAUUAUUAUUAUUAUUAUUAUUAUUAUUAUUAUUAUUAUUAUUAUUAUUAUUAUUAUUAAUAUUAAUAUUAACGAUAUUAACGAUUUUAGAGGUAGCAUUGAUAAGAUUAUGACUGAAUUGUUGUCAGUUAAAGCAAGUGUAAGUCAAAUUCCUCAACUGAGUGAGAAAGUCGAGGACCUCGUAUCACUAAAGCUCGUAAUUGAAACACUCCUACCUAUCAGGGACACCAUCAAUGAGCUUAAAAGCUCAGUUACCUUCCUCUCUGCAGUUUACGAUGAAGUUCAUGAGACAGUAACCAAACACAACAGUGAAAUAACUGACAUCUCAAAGAAGGUAAACCGUCUGGAAGAUAAGGUGAAAGACCAAUCUGAAGUAAUUCAGAAACUGCAGAUUUCUCUAAAUGAAAGUGAACAGUACAAUCGAAAUUUGAAUCUAGAAAUUCGUGGUGUUCCUGUUGCGGCGAAUGAAAACAUAGAUGAUAUAGUCAAAGACAUUGCUAAAAAACUUGGUAUGUUUGAAUUUAAACCAGAACAUGUGCAGGCUGCCCACCGCCUUCCAGUGAAAAGCGACAAAGUACCGCCAAUAUUAAUCAGAUUUAUCUCUUCGGCGAUAAGAAACACGUGGCUGCAGAACGGAAGCUUGUCCGUUUACUGUUCGAAAAAGGUGAUUUGCCGUUUCCGUUGUUUGUCAAUGAGAAUCUAACACGCUUCUACAGAGAACUGUUGUGGAUGGCCAAACAACGCGCUAAAGAGUGUGCGUACAAGUUUUUAUGGGUAAAAAUUGGAAAGAUUUUUGUGAAGAAGGAUGAAAAGUGUUCCAUAUUGCGCAUUACCUCUCAGAGUGACCUUGUUAAAAUUGUUUGAACGAUAUGGAUUUAUGUACUCCAUGGUCUAGCUUCAAUGAAUUGCAACAGAAGGUAAACGUUUUUAAGACUUCUGGAACUUCUAUUGGUGUUUUGCACAUUAAUAUCAGAAGCAUGCGUAGGCAUUGGGCGUUAUUGCACGUUACAAUUAGCAAAGUGAAAAAUUGGGUCGACAUUUUUGUUAUAACGGAAAUAAACAUUUCCGCUGCUGAAUUAGAUCUCUAUCAGAUUCCUUGUUACUUAUGUUUUUCAUUCACACGGGGAAAAGUCGUGGGGGCGGUAUAGCUGUUUUUGUUAGAAAUGGUAUUCUUGCUAGCAUAGAGUCAACCAUGUGUAAAGGGAUAGAGCGUGUGGCCUUAACGAUAACUACAGACAAUGCUUCAUUUGGAUUGUUAGACAUAUACCGGCCACCUAAGAGUAAUAUAACUGUAUUUUUCAGUGAGUUAAGACAGCUUCUUUCUAGUUUUUCUUCUGCUGACUUAUGUAUGACUGGUGAUAUUAAUAUUGAUGUUAUGAAACCGGAGAAAUCUAUUGUAUGUGAUUAUUUGAAAAUUCUUGCAGAUUUUGGUAUUUCUUCAUUGAUACAAGUACCGACUGGGGUUGAGUUUCUGGGUGAUCAUCUUGUUUCUUCUUGUUUAGACCAUUUUAAUAUGAGAUGUCGUGGCACUUCCGUUUGGGGAGGUGUUGUUGAGGAAAAACUUUCUGAUCAUUUUUUCACCUUUGCAUUUGUGUGUUGUCAGGAUUUGUUCAAACCCCCUGCUACUAUGCAUCAGUUUGUUACUGCUUAUGUUAUUGAUAAUGAUAUAUUUGACAGACAUCUAGCAUCGCUUGAUUGGAAUCAUGAUUUCAAAGAUUGUACGAAUUUGGAAAUGUACGAUAUUUUAGUUGGCAAGUUUAGAAAAUGUUAUGACAUAUCGAAAAGGCGAGUAAGAUUCCACAAGCGGAAGGUUGAAAAUGCGUGGCUUGAUAAUAAUAUUCUUGCUCUAGUUAAGCAAAAGGAAAUUGUGUGGCAUAGGUGUCAAAGGUUUCCCUCAGAUCAAGACUUAAAAAAUAAAUUGAAGGCCAUGCGUAACAGGAUAACCGCUAUCAUUCGAUCAGCGAGGAGCGCUUACUUCAACGAUAAAUUUAGUAGUGCGAAUAACAAUUCGAAAGAGACCUGGAGUUUAGUAAACCAGUUGCGUGGUGUGCACGCGGAACGUAAUCUAGAUGAAUUUUUGCUGAAUAGCUUUGGUAGUGUGGACAAUCUUGCCGAUAAGUUGAGCAAUCAUUUUAGUAGUGUCCUAAGGCAGCAGGGUUAUUCUACUUCCUUUGGUUAUGAGUUGCCAGUAUUUUCCAAUAGGGAUUCGUGUGGGUUUCCCGAGUUGAAUAUGGAUGAUCUGUUGUUUAUUGUAAACAACCUCUCUAAUACAAGAAGCCCUGGGUGCGAUGGCAUUCGCUCGAUUGACAUCAAAAGAAAUAUUCAUGUUAUUAAACAUAUUCUGAUUUCUAUUUUAAAUUGUAUUUUUUCUACGGGUCACAUACCUGUUUUACUAAAGCGAGCGGUGAUUAGGCCUGUCUUUAAGAAAGGCAAGCGUGACGAUGUUAAGAAUUAUCGUCCAAUAUCUAUUGUCCCGGUUCUUGCAUAAAUAAUGGAAAAAUUUGUAUUCUCGAUAACGAAUAACUUUGCUGCCCGUUUUAAGUUUUUUUCCGACAACCAGUUCGGUUUCAUUGAAGGUCGUGGUACAAUAAUGCUCUUGGAGAACCUUAGCGAUCUACUUUAUGGUGCUUUAGAAAAGAGGCAGCUCGCUGUUGGAUUAUCGUUGGAUCUUUCUUGGGCCUUUGACACCAUAUUCCAUGAUAUUCUUUUGCGUCUUCUCUAUGCUUACGAGUUCAGAGGUCGUAUAUACUCUUGGUUGGUCAAUUUUUUAAGUAAUCGAACUCAGACGGUUUUUGUGGGUGGUGCAUUUAGUAACGUUGUAGUAGUAGACAUUGAUGUUCCACAAGGUUCUGUGUUAGCUCCCAUAUUAUUUAAUUUCUACGUGAAUGAUUUAUUUCGUGUUUUGAAGUUUUGUAAAGUAUUUCAGUAUGCUGAUGACACUUUAUUGGUAGCGGUACACGUAUCUCAACGUGAGGCCAUUCGGUUGCUACAGAUUGAUGCCACUAAUGUUUGUAACUGGUUCUCUAAAAGCGCUAUACAGUUGAAUAUUGACAAAACCCAGCUCAUCUGCUUUCGCAAUCCCUCUAAGGGCUUUGAUGAUACAUGUUCUAUUGUUCUACCUGGCUCACAACCAUUGACGUAUUCACAAACUAUCAAGUACCUUGGCUUGUAUUUUGAUUCGGACAUGACAUGGAAUUCUCAGUUAUCGUAUGUAUGUAAGUGUCUGCGGCAAACAUCCUGCGUACUUUUUUCUCUUAGGCAUGUAACGCCUUCGAGAGUUCGUGGGUCAGUGCUAGAUGCUCCCGGUUAGAGUAUAUUACGAUAUGGUAUAACAUUGUUCGCACAUUGUAGUGCAACUUGGAAAAUUAAGGUUAACAACAUUCUUAGAAGCUGUCUCAAAAGUGUUGCUUACAAAAAUUACUGCAUGGGGAAUUCUGGGGACCUUUUUUGUGAUCUGUCUUUUGCAUCUUUUGAUAAUCUUUUUAAAUCCACCAUUGUACUAAAUCACUUUUGGGAAUCUUCCUUCAAAAUACCUGUCACGGCGAACCGUCCAAUGAGAACAAAAUCAUUUAAUUUUGUUGUACCAUUCUCUUUCACUAGGUAUGGGCUGUGUCGCAGAGUAUGUUAUGUCCCUCGCAUUUUUAAUGGUCUUCCUUGUCAGUUUUUAACGAUCCAGUCUAAGUCAGAUUUGAAAAGGUCACUGCGUCAAUUAUAUUAUUGUGCCUAAUUAGUGUACUAUGUAGUUGUGUUUGGUUUGCUUCUUCUAGCUAAGUUUUGUUAGUUGUCUUGCUGUUGACUGCCUCCAGGCCCAGCGUCACAAGCUUUUCGGCUUAGGCGGGCCUGCUUUGUAUCUUGAUUUGAUUGAA